AUGAAGCCUUUAAUAUUGUUAACAUUGUUCAGUUGUCUAAUUUUAAUGCAAUGUGUUUCUCUUCGAGACUUAAGUCCAUCAGCAUCAAAGAUCCAAAACAUUCGUCAUCACCGUCUCGUACCAAAUUGUCCUUCAUAUUCAGAUAUUGGCUUGGUUAAUCAAACAUUCCCAUUUAAACUUAACUUUACAUCGUUUUCAUCAACCAAAACAUCCGCCAAAACGGAUGAAUACGGCAACAUUAAAUCAAUCAACAUUAUUAAUGAACAAUAUCUUCCACUAAGCAUAUCAUGUUUGACUCGUCUACAUUCAUUGCAUGUGGAAGGUACAACAUUUCCAACUUUCUAUUUUUACGUGCCGAUGUUUGUCAGACAACUCUCCUCAUCAUUAGUCCAUUUAGUUAUCAAAAACACAUCGUUCAAUGAGCUGCCCUACACAAUAGGAAAAUUUCGACGUCUCAAAUCUCUUGAAAUAACCAGUGCAGAUUUACAAAGUGUGUCAGAUUUAAUUGGCGAAUUGUCAUCGUUGGAGACCUUGCGGUUAUCCAACAAUAGUUUAUCGUCGAUUCCGUCAACUAUCAUUAAGAAUUCUCGUUUAACUACCUUCGACAUAAACGAUAACAAACGAAUUCAAUCAAUUCAAAGUCUUAAUGGACAUCCAUACUUGGUGACGUUAUCAGCAGAUAACUGUUCGAUAGAAGAGAUUCCAACGGAUUUACCGAAACUAGUGAAUCUAUACGUGCGAAACAACAAGAUUCACGAUGUUUCUAAAAUUGGUACACUGGGCAAUGGGACAGACGAACGAAAGAACUUUGACUUUAGCAAAAAUUCGAUUCGUUAUCUAACACCGUUUAUUCGAAACGUGAAGAAGUUGUGCUAUCUCAAUCUCGACUACAACAAACUGGAUGUUCUGCCGAUGGAUAUUUAUCAAGUAAAGACAUUGAAACAUCUAUGGAUUCGGAAUAACAAUUUUAAGAACGAAACGAUAAACGAAAUCAAGACGAAUAUGAUCAACACAACAAUAGACGCUUAA